AUGGGUCAGAGCUCAUCGCGGCAGCAGCGAGGGCGAGAGCGGAGAUGGGGCUCCCGACCACAGAGCUAUCUCGACGACGUGGAUGUGGAGAUGGGCCAGCCGGAGAUGCAGCAGGUGGAGCGGCCGCAGCGGACAGCGACACUUAGGAGGCUGCUGAACCACAGCCGCUCGCUCCGAGGCAGUCGAGAUGCAGCACAGGACCGUCUGCUGAGGGAACGCUCAGGCGCGCGGAAUAGAUUCUCGCAGCUGUUUCGCUCCAGCGACGACGAUAUCGACAGCAGUCAGGUCGAAGAGCGGGUGGAGCCACCUCGAAGUAAUCCCGGCACUACUGUAUCGCGUUUCAGGGAAAUGCUACUCGAACGCCGGACUACGCAGCGAACGUCUUCAUAUCUACGGACAGGACAGAGCCAUGACAGUGCAGACGACGUCUUCUCCCCGCCACGCCUCCCCUCGAUGGAUCUCUCCUCCACCUUCGAUGACACCUUCGGCGGCUCGCACGCCGAACCUGAUCCUCCUUCCCCGCCUGCACCGCGCAACGAGAGCUCCAUACGGCGUCCUAAUCAGAUGAGGCUAAGCGCUCGUCCCUUCCGCAACCUCACACAUUCGCUUCGCAGAAGACGUGCGGCAUCGCCUGCUGCCUCGAUACGGCAACGAGGCGGCGAAGAUCAGGCAGCAAUGCUCAGCAGGCUGCUGAGUGUAGCGGCUGCGGCCACGGCAGCAACCCUGAUGGGUGAAGAGCAGAAUGUACUGAGCCAGGCACGAAGCUUGACGGGUAGUGGUCUGGGAGAGACUGGCCCUGGGGCAGAAGAAGAUGGUAGCUUCGAUGGCUUCCUCAGAGCACUUCGCAACGGUCGUAUAGCAUCAGCACUCCGUCAAGGAGUUGCCGAGGGCAUGGGCGCGGACGAGCAGAGUCCACCGCUGAACUUCUUCAGGAUGUUCCGCUUCGGAGCUGCCACUCCGCCAGAUAAUGCACAGACAGAUCCUCGAAGCUCUGCCUCUGCAAUGUCGAGCGAGUCUGGGCAGAGCGAGGGCAGGAUGGUACCGAUAAUCAUAGUAGGGAUCCGGUCCAUCAACCCAAACUCCAGCUCGGGUAGUGCUUCGGCAGACGGCGACCUGCCUCCCUUCAUCGAUGCCCUCGGCAACUUUCCCACGCCUCUACCAGCACACGCACUCGGCACGCAUGGCCACGAUAGCAUCGACUCGAUCCUACGACCUCCUCAGAAUGGCACGUCCUUCCGACAUAGGCGAAGAGCGAGCAUGGGCGGCUUCAGGAGUAGGUUGAGUGAUCGCAUGGACGACCAGCGUGAUCAUCGGUCGCCAGAUAGGCGCAGAGAGCGGCCAUGGAGCGUAGCAAGCUCAAGCUACGAGCCAAGACCACCUCCAGCUACACCAGCUUCUCCAAGUCCCGAGCUCAGCAGGAUAUCCAGCAGAAACAGCACACCAAAUCAGUCCCGCCCGACAUCAAUGGUCGCUAAUAGCUUCCGCGACUUUAGCAACGACUCACGACGGAAUAGCAUACUUCAUAGGUCGUCAGCAGCCAGCCCACUGAGCGCACACACCGAGGAGACGGCUUCUAUUCGUUCGACACAUUCUGGCACCGGACUGCUGGGCGAUUCGGAACCAUAUCGUAUUCAUCGUCGGUCAGAUACAGCACCCAAUGUUCACUAUCCACGCUUUGCUUCUGGCCAUCCACGGCGUAAUGGCGUAGUGGAGCCGGACAACCUACCGCCACUUUCACGUACGGCCAGUCAAGAGUCGGACGAAUCGGGCGAACAAAGAGGCGAUGCUCGCAGCUGGAUCAUCUACGUUCUUGGUGGCUCGUAUCCAGAAAACCACCCAAUCCUUACGACGCCAAGUCUAUUCACAGAGAAUCCUACCUACGAAGACAUGAUGCUUCUUUCAGCACUUCUGGGUCCUGCUAAAGCGCCGGUCGCUACUGAGGAGGACAUUGAAAGCGCCGGGGGCCUUUACGACAUCGCGGUUGAUGACAGUGAUAACACCGAUGUGGGAGCUGAAGAGCUGUCUGAUACAGAGAAGACUGUACGGCUCGUGGCAAGAGCAGCUGAAGGCGAUUCGAUUGAUCAGGAACCCGAUACUUCACUUGAGCCCGGUCAGCGCUGUCUGGUGUGCCUUUGUGACUUCGAGGCGAAGGAAGUCGCGCGGAAGCUCAUCAAAUGCCAUCACCUGUACCACAAGGAAUGCAUCGACCAGUGGCUCACCACAGGACGCAACAGCUGUCCUUUAUGCCGUGAACAAGGUGUGGACGAGAGGAAAGAGGAGACAUCAACAGCUGAAGAGUCACCUGCUGAGGAUCGGCCGUCCUCGCCUCCUGUCGAGGCCGAGGCAAUGGCAGCUUGA